AUGUUGGCAAAGGACUCACUAAAGAAGAGACGCGCACAUCCAGGUGCCGUUGCUCUGACUGAAAUCAAAAUUUUGCAGAGAACAACAGAUAUGUUGCUUAAAAAAGCACCAUUUCAACACGUUGUGAGGGAGAUUGCGCAAUCAUAUUCGACAGACCUUAGAUUCCAAAGCUCGGCUUUGAUGGCACUCCAGGAAGCUGCUGAGGCAUACUUAGUCGGUCUUUUUGAGGAUUCCAAUUUGUGCGCAAUUCAUGCGAAGAGAGUUACCAUUAUGCCAAAAGAUAUUCAGCUCGCCAGAAGAAUUCGGGGCGAGAGAACAUAA